AUGGUGACCCAAACUGACGGCAACCCCCAAGAGAAGGGGGUGUCGUCGCUGGUUGCCAACCACGAUGCCGAAGCCUACGUUCAACCCAUCGAGGCCGACGAGAGCAACAAGCCUGCUGCUGUACCACCCUCCGGCCUCUGGGGCCACCUCUGUUACUAUGGACACAAGGUCAUUGUAGCUGGGCGGGUUGAGCUUCAGGGAAUCUCACCCAUCCCAGUCAAGGAGAGGACGGUUACCAAGACGCUGAAUAUUUUUACCUUGUGGUGGUCCAUGAGUUGCAAUAUUCUUCCGAUUACCUUUGGCAUGUUAGGCCCAGUAUACGGUCUCAGCCUACGGGAUAGCUGCCUCAUUAUCCUCUUCUUCACUCUACUGUCUACCAUCUUACCUGCUUACCUCUGCACUUUGGGUCCAAAGUUGGGUAUGAGACAGAUGAUUCAAGCUCGUUACUCAUGGGGGUACGUUUCCCGUCUCCUUUCCAUCUCUCCACUUUACCUUUUUAUCGUCGUGCUAACACCCCCCCAAGCCGCUACAUUCUCCCUCCCCGUGCUCCUCAACCUAGCCACCACCACCGGCUUCUCCGUCAUCAUCGUCAUCACCGGCGGGCAAUGUCUCUCGGCCGUCGCCAACGGCCACCUCUCCAUUUCCGUUGGAAUCGUCAUCAUGUCCAUCCUAACCCUCAUCAUCUCCUUCUGCGGCUACACCACUUUACACAUGUACGAGCGUUUCGCCUGGAUCCCCGCGGUAAUCGCCAUCAUCGUCGCUGUCGGCUGCGGCGGCAAAUAUCUUCAUUUACAAAACCCCCCUCCCUCCCCCCCGAGCCCACAGGGUGUCCUGAGCUUCGCCAUGCUCGUAUCAAGCUACAUGAUCCCCUGGGCCUGCCUCUCCUCCGAUUUCACAACUUACCUCGUCCCCUCCACCCCAUCCUGGAAGAUCUUUGCCUACAGCUACACCGGCCUAGGCCUCCCCACCAUCUUGCUCAUGUGCUUGGGAUCAGCCAUAGGCGGCGCCAUCCCCUCCGUUCCCGCAUGGAGCGAAGCCUACGAGCAAACGCUCGUCGGCGGCGUCUUGCAAGCUAUGCUUGCUCCCGCCGGCGGGUUUGGUCGGUUCCUAGUCGUCAUUUUAUCGUUUACCCUGCUCGGCAACCUCGCAGCUACUUCUUACUCCAUCACGCUCAACUUCCAAAUGUUAGCCCCCGUACUAUUCAAAGUCCCCCGCUACCUAUUCGCUAUCAUUUUAGCUGCCAUCUUGAUACCCGUGGGCAUCAAAGCCAGUGCGGAUUUCUUCGACAACUUGGAGAAUUUCGUCAGCUUGAUCGGGUACUGGUGCUCUGCAUUCUUGGGGGUCGUGAUGGUUGAUCACCUUUGGUUCAAAAGGGGGGAUUGUCGAAGGUAUGAUCUCGAGGCUUGGAAUGAUGCGGGUAGACUGCCGUGGGGCAUCGCGGCGCUGACGGCUGCCGUGGCUAGCUUUGGGCUGGUGAUUCCGAGUAUGGAUCAGGUGUGGUGGCAGGGCCCGAUUGCGAAGACGACGGGCGAUUUAGGGUUUGAGUUUGCGUUUGUGGUUAGUGGGUUGUUAUAUGUGCCGUUGAGGAUGGUGGAGAUGAAGGUUAGUGGGCGAUGA